AAUAAAUAUUGAACGUGCUAAUAUACUACAGCGUUGAGUUAAAAUCUCGAUGAUAAAUACACUAUGAAUGAUACAGUUUCAGACCCCUUUUCUUCCCUAUAUACGUCUCUCCGGCUUUGUAAAGACAAAAAAUAUAUCCGAGUCUUGGAUCUUGGAGGGAUUUCGCAAUCACGCCAGUCCGGCAGCUCUGAUGCUAGCCAGAACCAGCCAUAUGAGUUGCGCUGCCAGUUGCGAGUCGUCGAUCUCGACGAAAAUGCACGCCCAAAAUUUAUCGCCCUAUCAUAUGUCUGGGGUCAGGUGUCGUCCAAAGAGCCGCGUACGAUAGUGUGCGGUGGGCACUCGAAAGUCAUAACAGACAAUUGCUGGGAAGCGUUGAGUCAACUGCGCGAUGCCCCUGACCCUGAUCGGAAUACGGAUGGGUCUAUAACUCUGUGGGUUGAUGCAAUUUGCAUUAAUCAGGCCGAUGAAGAAGAGAAGCUCCACCAGAUUCGGUUGAUGGGUGAUAUAUAUUCUCAGGCUGCCUCCGUUUGCGUCUGGCUCGGUCCCGGAACACCACAAUCUGACAAAGUCAUGGACUAUUUGGAGGUAGCUGGUUUUCAGGACUAUAUUGUUGGAGAUGAUAGAGCCCUUCAACUGGGAAUAUCGCCAUUGACAUAUUGGAAACUAGCUUUUAAAAUAUUCUCCAACUGCAAUAUCCAAGGUUUCCUCCAUCCCCGUAACAAGCCAGAUCGUCUCUUGAAUUUACUUAUAGUUGGAGACCGGUAUCUACCUUCGAGUGAUUUUAUGGAUGAGAUAUUUGGCAGACCUUGGGUUAGUCGCAUUUGGACUUUGCAAGAAACCCUUCUCGCAUCUAGGAUAAGAAUUAGAUGCGGUACUAAAUCCUUAGACUGGAGUCAUAUGCUGUACGCCUUGACCUGGUUUUCCUAUGUUCUUGAAGCAUGCAGGACAAGAGGUUGGCAUAAUCUGGGUUUACCUUGGGGUGGUGUUGUGGACACAACCGGUUUCGAAAGAUGGCAUGGACUCGCCGGAUUAUGGAUGAAAAUCCAUGAUUCUUCCUACCUAGGCGGCGAUAUGAAUGGUCACUCAAUAACCACCGGUUACACGGACUCGAGGAUGAUGGCAGAUUACCGUAUUGCCAUAGCAAAGAUCAUUCUAAUCUACCAGGUCGUUCUCGGAUCCAUCUUAUGGGUUAUAUUCCUUCCCUUGUUUCUCAUUUAUUGCAUUUAUAAGAUUGGGUACCUUGUGUUCACCAUCCCUUGGCUCGUGGUUAAUACAAAAGUCCGCCUUCGCGAAUAUCGAGAAGCUUGGACUCACAGUCGCUACUAUGUAUUCUCGACCUUGUCAUCCCAGCUGCUAACAUACUCAGAGAGGCAUUCUCUCCCCACUGAACAGUCGCCAGAUGCCAGUACUACCCUAGGCGCUGAUUUGGUACGGGAAAUAUGGCAACGUGCAGCGACUGAUCCCAGGGACAAAUCCCAUGGGGUGCAUUCGGUACUCCGUAAGCUUGGCGUCCAAGUCGUCGAUCCGACUCCAGGGACGCACUGCCAUGACCUCUAUAGAGAACUCUAUUCGCCCACAUGGCGUAGUGGUUUAACGCCUGGAUGUGUGUUGGUCCGUGCCUACGGGCCGCAACACAAGUGGGUUCGAAUCCCACUGUGGUCAAACCAAAAAUGGUCCGACUCAGGUUUUUCCUUGGGCAUUGCCGGGCGUUGAGGGUGAUUCCAUCUCCGUUAUAAGAAGGCGUGUUCGACGGUUUUUCCCCUGAUUAAAGUUGGCUACCUGGCGCCGGCGCUAACCAGGUAGAAUAAUGCUAUAGGCAGGUAGGG